AUGUUGAAUAUUAGUGUGGCUCUGGUCGGUGCCCUGAUCUGCCUUGGAGCUGCCCCUGCCCUUGGCAGCUUCUUCCAUGGCCACGCCCCAGCACCAGCAGCAGUGGGAGUUCCGGUCGGUGUUCCAUUUCCGGUCCAUGUGCCUGUGCCUGUGUCGGUGCCCUCUCCAGUUCCCGUGGCAGUGCCUGCUCCAGUGGCAGUGCCUGCCCCUGUGGCCGUGUCCGACACCGUGACCGUUCCUGCCGCCUACGGUUAUGCAUCUGUUCCUUCUUUCUACCAUGCAGCUCCUCCUCCGCCUAAGGCACACUUCAACUAUGCCGCUGCCUAUGCGGCCCCUGCUCCUGCCAUCAAGUACUCUUUGGGGGCUCCAGUGACCACCACAACCACAACGUAUACGGGAUAUGCGGCACCGCCUCCUCCUCCUCCUCCUCAAUACGCAGCACUGCCUCCGCUUCAGUAUGCCGCACCGCCGCCUCUUCAGUAUGCGGCGCCUCACUAUGCAGCGCCCCCGUAUGCUGCUCCAGCCCGUUCGCAGUUCUUGUCGAGAUUUGCACCGCCUCCUGGCUACCAGUUGGCAGCAGCAGCACCAGCAUUCCAUGGCAGAUACAAACUGCACUUUGGGGCGCCUCCACCAUCGCCAGCCGCCGUCUACGGGGCUCCACCGCCGCCGCCGCCGCCGUCUCUGUCCUACGGCGCCAACCAGGGCUGGUAG